UGACCAUCAGUGCAUCUCUUUCAGUGGUUGUGACUAUCAAAAAGGGCAUCAAUAAAGAAAACUCAUGUCUUACUGUAGGUAAAAAUCAGCAGAAAAAUACCUAUCCAUGUUCCUUGUCUUCCCAGGACAACUAUUGCCUGUCAGCCCCUUGAAACUACUCCUAAUUCACAUUUUAUCAAUGAUGGUUUUCAAUAUAAAAAUGAGAAAGUGUCAACUUCCUCAAGAGCAUGUGCCACUUUUUAAAGCCUGAGAAUCACUGGCAUAUUCCUCUGCUAAAAGCAACUAAAGAAUUCUGCAGUGGGCGAGCCAUCCAUGUUAAUAAUGUGGUUCUUCCUGAUAAAUCUGAUAUUUAUCUAAUAAAUCUGACAGAUACCAAGAUCUUGUUAAGCUCACUACAGCCCAGUGAACACCUGGCCAUGGUGUUUGCAUUGCCAAGGCUUUUGAAGUUUCCCUGCAUGAUGAGCAGUCACCAGUUUUACAGCUGUGAUGGCAACCUACGGGAAAAGAAUAUUUGGCAUUUAUUGGCAUUUCCAUUAUAAAUAAGAGAUCGGAGGUAAGUGACUUUCCCAGAUUCACAGAGAGAUGUUUUCCCUUUGAAAAAAAACAGCAAAAGCUAUUGUACAAAGGGACAACCCAAAACUUGGCAGACAGCGGUACUGCAGUAGUAGGACAUACAACAGAUACAAGAGAGCUGACAAGAGAACCAAUUUUUAAAGUCGUGUAUUCACAUGCAUUUCCGGGAAAAGCGACUUCUCUGCUAAAAUGCACCGUUGGCCCCCAAGGAUACCCUUCUGCACUGCCCCGCUGUGGGUGUACGAGCAGCUCCGAGCCCCACGCUACUCCCGGGUUAUGUUACGUGUCCAUGUCCGCCCUCAGAGAGAGCCGGGGCCCUCCCGGAGUGUGCAGACACACCCGGGGAGCGGCGGGGGCAGGCGAGGCCAAGGGCGCCGAGCGAGGCGAGCAGAACCGAGGGACAGGGCCGGCCGCGGGCCUGGGGACGGGCCGGGGACAGCGGCUCGCGGUGUGUGGUGGCUGGCUCUGAGUACAGAGCGCUGUGGGAAUUGCCGGUGAAAGAUCCUUUUUAUUCUUGACCAAGGUUGGCUCCAGGAAUCAAAGGAGAACACAGUAUUAUUUUGGCUGAAGUGCUCAGCUUCAAGACUUCACUUUGUUCCUCACAGCUUGGAGGGAUAUGAAGCCAAUUGGAAAAGUGCUUUGUGCUACAGGGGUUGUAGCUGGGCUCAUAGCUUUCUUCUGGAAAGACGACUUUAACCCAGAGAGCCUGUCUGGUGCCCGUGUUCUUGUGACUGGAGCCAGUGCUGGGAUUGGAGAGCAGAUAGCAUAUCACUAUGCCAGAUUUGGGGCUGAAAUUGUGUUGACUGCCAGAAGGGAAGCUGUGCUGCAGAAGGUGAUGGAGAAAUGCCUGACACUCGGAGCAAAUAAGAUAUUUUAUAUCCCUGCAGAUAUGUCUUCCCCUUCAGAGCCUGAAAAGGUGGUUCAGUUUGCUGUCCAAAAGCUGGGGGGCCUGGACUACCUCGUGUUGAACCACAUCGGCACCAACCGCUUCCAGGAGUGGACUGGAGAUGUGGAAUACACCCGCUGGCUCAUGCAGGUGAAUUUUUUGAGUUAUGUGGCUCUUGCAACAGCAGCUCUUCCCACCCUGGAGAAGAACAGAGGUGCUCUGGUGGUUGUUUCUUCCCUCACAGGGAAAAUGCCCACUCCCUUCACCACUUCUUACUCUGCCACCAAGUUUGCACUGGAUGGAUUCUUCAGCUCACUGCGCCAUGAGCUCAUCAUGCAGAAGAGAGAUGUGUCUGUCACACUGUGCAUCCUGGGCCUGAUUGAUACUGAGUCAGCAUUGGAGUACACCAGGGGCAAAGUGCACAUCAGUGCCUCCCCUGCUCCCGAGGCCGCGCUCGCCAUCGUCCGGGGCGGAGCCACUCGGACGCCCGAGAUUUUCUACCCGCGGUGGCUGCAGCAGCUCUGCUGGCUCUGGGCUCUGUUCCCCAGCAGCGGGAACCAGGUGCUACGGACUUUCUAUAACUACAGCAGUCCCUGAGGGAUGCCCAGUCUCAUCCUAUAGCCCUUCUAAUCACAUUCCUGCCAUCCCACUAAGCAUCCCACUUAACCACUGGUGUCAAGCAGGAGCAGGGCAGCAGUGGUGGCAAAAUCCCCUUUUCCUAACGUGACUCAUGAUCAGUCAUCAUGCUUCAGCCAUGGUUCUGCUGCUGCUACGUAUCAGUCAGAGAUCUUUCCCAUUCUUCACUCUUCCUUAGCCCUCCUCCCAUCUCCCCUCCUCCUUCAGCCUCACCUGUCUCCUUUGACUGCAUCCAGCCUUUGCUCAGCCCCAGCUUUAACCCCUGUCUGUCUGCACAGGAUGUCCUGGAAUGGCUGGGACAUCCUGGAUGUCCUGGGACAUCCUCCUCCACUACUUCGUUUUGGAUUCCAUGAACCCUCUUGCUACCUCUAAGUAGAAUUUUGAUCUCUAUUUUAAUUAAACAAGUUUUUAAUGUG